UUAGGUGUACCUAGAAAAUCCAUCUGGUGAAUGAAAUAAUACACUUUGCUUUCAGAGUUGGUGUUGUGACUCUCCAUUCUGUGAAAGGUAUUUGGUUUGAACAACUGCUUGUAUAUUGCCAUUUUACCAGCUCUAUUGGUGACUUUGGCAUACUUUGGCAUUACCUGUUUCUUUUUUGCUUGAGGGUCUACAGGCAACAAUGAAUCAAACAGACAACAAUCAACAGGAAGUUCCCUCAUACCUACAUAAUGAACCACCAGAAGGUUCAUUGAAAGAUCAUCCGCAGCAGCAGCCUGGCAUGCUUUCUCGUGUGACUGGUGGCAUCUUCAGUGUGACAAAGGGAGCUGUCGGUGCCACAAUUGGUGGUGUAGCCUGGAUUGGAGGAAAAAGCUUGGAAAUUACCAAAACAGCAGUUACGGCGGUGCCUUCCAUGGGAGUGGGGCUGGUUAAAGGAAGCGUGUCUGCUGUGGCUGGAGGUGUUACAGCUGUAGGAUCUGCUGUUGCAAGUAAAGUGCCUUUAACAGGGAAGAAGAAAGAUAAGUCUGACUAAACAAAAGACUGAGAUGCGUUUGAUCUCUGUAAUGCUGCAUCAGUGGCAAUGAAACCUGCAAAGAUUUGGACUGCAACAAAGCCAUGUCUUACACACUUACCUUCUAAAGAGCUGUGUGAAAAACUUGCUUUUUUUUCUGAAAGACAGAAGUUUGACUGCACAAUGUGCAAAGGUUCAUUAAAACCUAGAUUCAAACUUUAUAUCUGGUGAGAUGUUACAUUUGAUAAAUAUAGAAGCAAGUCUGUGUAUCUGAAGGGAUUAUAAUAUACAUGUUUGAAUAUUCACUUACUGUAAAUUGUUUUUGCAGUUUUGGAGUACAAUGUGAAAGUAAUAAUGUAGCUGACAACCUUUGCAGAACCGCAGCUAUAAUGAUGUCAGCUACCAUUCUUGGGCGUUAUUACUCCUCUCAGUAAGGAAUCCCUGAACUGUAUACAGGCACAUCGGUUGCGCCUAAUAGUUUAACUUACCUUUUAGUUUUUUGAAACUGUCUUUUUAUGAGGCCCAUACACUAACAGUGAAUCCAUUCUGUCAUUGAGGGCUGGCAAGAAACUGACAUGUGGAGGCAGAAGAAAGUAAGAUUAUAAUGACUACCGAGAAAGUGGAUCCUCACAAUUCUGUAUGCAGUAUGUUGAUUAAGACUAUUCAUGCCUUAUGGUGGAAAAUCUAUUUUUACAUAGUAAAGCUGUGUAAACAACUUUAUAAUGUCCGUCAUUUCAAUGAAGUUUGUAGAAGAAGGUUUAGACUUUUAUAAGUGCCGGUAUCUGAAACUUAGCCAUCUUUAAUAAAGACGAUAAAUCUCUUGUUAAAUCUCAGGUGUACUUAAAGGUAUCGCUGAAUUACCUGCAAAUGAAGACUUGGGGCUUCCAAUGGAUGGCUUAUCAUAGCUAUAAAAACAAUGAAAAAGGCAGUAGGUUAAUUGAAAUAAAGCUGCAAUUUGUGACUGAUUCAUCUGCCAAAGAUAAUAGCUUAGAAUAAACUGUUUUUGCUUUAGAGCUGGAGACCCCUGAAGAAUGAUUCUAAAUAAAGCAAAGCAUCUGUCUGACUGCAUGACAUGCCAGUUUCGCUGCGUGCCUCAACCAGGGUUAAACAUUUAACUGAAAUAUGAAGAAUUUUUCACUACAUAUUGUAUCUCACAAGUCCAUUUCACUUAAAACGUCCCAUUGUGUUCAUUCAGGGAGAAAAAAGAAAUGAGAGCUGUCAUCUUAACAAAUUGCACAGGGACAGAUCCCAAGCUUUGACGCACCACAAAAGAUGAGCAUUCCUGUCAGUCCCCUGCCAGUGUACACGGGCAGGAAGCACAUGCUUGAUACGGGCUCUAAAUUGGAAGUCACUCAAGCUUUCAUAAAUCCUGACUUGCAGAUAAAUAACUUUUUGGAAUCCUGUGAAAGAUGGCUGAAGUUUCAUGUGAAUAUUCCUUAUGCAGUAUUUCCUACGAAUUUGUGUCCUUCCUGAGGAGAAUUUCUAAGCAUGUAAACUCACUUUUUAAGCGGUUAUGGAAAAUGAUAAUGUUUUUUUUUCUAGAAAUUAAAAGGAUCAAAAGGUAUCACUUGUCUACAGUUUUUAUUCCAGUUUACCAGAGUUGGUAAAGUGAACAGUUAAAGGUUUCUAUAAUUAAGAUAUAUAAGUUACCUAGUCUUUCUGAAGAUUGGCACUUCGGUUGUGAUCUGGAGCAACGUUCUACAUCAGAUAUAUUUAUCUGCCAAGGUUUCCUAAAUCUGGUGUAGAGGUGGAAGUGGAAUCUGCAAGUACUUGGGUUUGGUUGUUUUUGUUUUGCUUUUUAUUUUUGGGCGGGAGUUGUUUGUUGUGUUUGGUUGGCUUCUUUUUAGUCUAGUCUACAAAAUGAGUUACUACCUUGUUUGAUUUAAGUAUCUGUCAUAGCUAAGUUUCAAGAUUCUUUUUUUUGGAUUGACGGCUAUGUAAUAAACAGGGUUAUCACCUCUGCUAAUUCAGAGCCAAAGGGAAUGUCUACAAUGCAGACUGCAGUGUGGGUAGACAAACCAAAGCUAGUUUUAAAUGAACAAGCUGUGAUACCAGAAACAGUGUAGUUCAUAGGAUUUUUUUGUGUGCCUGAUGCCAGCUAUUUACCCUGCAUCUCUAUGCAAUAAAGGCAUGACCUCAGGGUGAUAUGACAAUCAGCUGUAUGCAGACUUAGUAAUAUUCUGAAACCUUCAACAAAACCCUUCCUAACAACCAGAGUGGAGACUGUGGGGAUUGCGAAAUGCUGAACUUUCAGACAAAUUCCUCACCCCUGUUUUUUGAAACACUAGGAAGCUUGCAACAAAACUUAUAGGUGUGGUGAUAGAUUUUUUUGUGCUAUAGAACUCAACCCAACAUUUCAAUGCAUUUUGUUCCUAACGUGCUUGUCGUUAAUUCUGCGAUCUUGUAACGAAAAUGCUUAAACUGGUGUAGGGUUUUAAUUUAGAGCUUGGUCCUAUACUCUGCACAUUUUUAAUUUCCAAUUAACGUAUGAAACUGUCAGUCCUCUUUCAAAAUUUGUUCUAAUUCUGUCUUGCUGCUUUAAACUUGUGAAACAUUAAAUUUUUUUAGUUUGA